GGCGCCAGUCAGCUCUCUCUUACCGUGUGGUGAGGGCGGUGCGGAGGGUUGUGAAGGCAACGUGGGAGUUUACUGGUGUUCGGGGAAGGAGGGCAUUGAGUUCGUUAUGGGGUUGGUUACUGUGGUUCCGUGCGCCGUGUGGCUGCUCCUGGUUACCUUUAUGGUGUUGUUGGCUGGUGUCUCUUCUGCUGCUGUUGACUACUUUGGAAGUGGCAUUCUUACCUCUUCCACAACACGCCGGCCACCCUUCACAAUCGCCCCACCUUUCACCAUCGCCCCGCCCGUCACGCCACGCCCUAUCUGCCGGGACCCUGAGGAGUGUUGUAGAUUUGAAUUUUUUUCUGAGGAUUUCCAUACUUGCUGCGAGGAGCACGGAUGCUGCCCUAUGACGUGUCUGCAGACUGACGAAGACGGCAUCAUCGUCCCCACAUACCCGUGCCACGCAUGGGAGUGUUGUGUGCACCGUGAAAGAUCACCAAAGCACCAAGACUGCUGCAGGCGUCACGGGUGCUGUCCUCAUUGUAGGGAGGUGAACCGAGGAUGCUGUUUCAACGACGUGCGUUACUUCUACGGGAGUUUGGUGAUGGACUUGCCGGACGCUUGUGUACAGCUAGUAUGCGCCGCUAAGCUUACAGACAUGUAUCCUUACUUCCGGUCCACCAUAGCUGCCGUGAAGACUUGUUCCUUUACUGAUGUCAUGGAGGAAUGUUUGGGAUGCCCGGUGUAUCACUGCGUGGACGAUUCUGGGAUGGAGCGCAUGGAGGGGGAGGAAUGGUAUCCCUCGCCGUGUUUUCGGUGUGAGUGUCGACAAGGGCAUCAGCGCUGCGCCCGUAUCCUCCCACCAUGUCUGCCUCCCCCACACCCGAACUGUAUCAUCAUUCCUGGACCCUGCUGUAACACCUACCAUUGCGAGGAGGGAUGUGUUGACGAAGAUGGUAAUUUCCGACCGGUUGGUGCUGAGUGGCCCACGAGUAAUCCCUGCCAGACGAUGAUUUGCACUGAAACUGGUAUAGAGACCACUACCAUUGCUUGCAAGCCGCCGCCACCUCCCCAUAAAGGCUGCUUCUUGCAGAACGUCCCAGGCCAGUGCUGCCGUGAAUGGAACUGCAGCCGUUGUGUAGACACUGACGGGUCUAUUCACCAACUGCAUGCUGAGUGGCAGGCUGGCCCAUGCAUAGUGAAGGUCUGUACCACCACCGGCAUCGUGGUGAGGGACAUAAUCUGCCCUAAGCUUGACCCAGCUCCCCAUGACACGUGCUACAGGGAUGUUGUGGAAGGGGACUGCUGUGAGAAAUGGAAGUGCGAUGGCUGCUGGGUCAAUGGUGAGCUGCACCCACCAGGCAGUCAGUGGCCCACUGAUGACCCAUGCUCCAACAAUGUGUGUAGAGACGACAUGGUAGUAGUGCAGCCAGUAGACUGCCCUGAUUUCCCGAGGCCUCAUGAAAGCUGCUUCGAGCACAUCCCUGACGGGGCGUGUUGUCCUGCAUGGAACUGUAGCGGGUGUCUGGACGACGAUGGCACGUAUCAUCCUCUGUACCACGAGUGGCAGAUCGACCCUUGUACCACGCUGGUCUGUCACCUCAACGGUAUUACCUCUAAGACUCCUCCUUGUCUCCCGCUGGGACCUGCACCACACUCCUCCUGUUUCUCGGUCUUCCAGUCUGGGAGCUGCUGCAAGGAGUGGAAGUGCGACGGUUGUAUUGAUAAUGCCGGGGAGUUCCAUCCUCUGGGCAGCGAGUGGCCCAGCAGUGACCCCUGUGUGACAAUGUUGUGUGUGCCACCGGGUAUCAUAGAAAAUGCAACAAUGGCUUGCCAGCUUGGUCCUCGUCCCCAUGAAGGCUGCUUCUUUCAAGCCGUCGAGGGACGGUGCUGUGCUCAGUGGAAUUGCAGCGGCUGUCGGGAUGAUAGUGGGAAGUUCCGCAAGCUGUUGGAGAAGUGGAAGAGUGACCCCUGCACCACCCACACCUGUACGAGUAGUGGUAUCAAAACGCAUGAGUUGCGGUGCACGACGCCUCCACCCAGACCUCACUAUUCGUGCAAAUUGGUGGUGUUACCCGACCACUGCUGUCCUUCAUGGAACUGCAAACAUGGUAGAAGUACCACAAGCUGUUUCGACGAUGAGAGCAGCGAAUACGAGAACGGCAGAGAGUGGGCAGCAGACGAGCCCUGCAUGAUCCACCGUUGUGACUCUGGUACCAUCAUCACUGAGCCUGUGGAGUGCGACGAUAAACCUACGCCUGUAAACUGCUUUGAGGAGGUGAUGGUGGAAGGAGAGUGUUGCCCCAAAUGGAAUUGCAGCGGGUGCAUGGACGAGGACCAUGUUUAUCACAAGCUGGAUGACGUGUGGAAAGUAGCCCCGUGCAUCCGACGAAGCUGUCAUGAAACUGGUAUAAAUGAAGCCAUCGUGGAUUGUCCACCGGGACCUCCACACCCUGGCUGCCGGCAGUGGUUUGACUCGGAGGAGUGUUGUCCCCAGUGGGACUGCAGCGAUUGCCUUGAUGAAGAAGGCAACUUCAGGAUGAACGGCACCAAGUGGACGUCUCUGUCAGACCCUUGUGUUACUUUCACAUGUAUGAACUCUGAGGUAGACAGAAUAUUGAUUGCGUGCGAUGUAAUUCCGUCUCCGUCACCGAACUGUUUCUUGUCAACCCAAGAGGAUCAGUGUUGCCCGUCGUGGAACUGCAGCGGAUGUACGGACGAGAUGGGAGAAUUCCAUCGUCUGGGUGACUCCUGGGUCUCCAACUGCAUGAUUCACAACUGCACGCUGCAAGGCAUCGUUCGUGAAGAUGUGAAGUGCAGGGAAGCACCGAGACCGGAUUGUCUGCUGGAGCCAGCCCCUCCUGGUGGUUGUUGCCCUACGUGGAACUGUCGAAAAGUACCUCUCGACUGUUCUACUGUAAAGUGUCAAGGCCCGCCAUGGAACGCUAUCUGUGUGGCCAACAUCUCUCCGCAGCAAUGCUGUCCCGUGUAUGCCUGCCGACCCCCGCAACCCAUCCCCAAUAUGCCCAAGUGUCUCGCGGUGUACUGCUUGGGACCACCUCUGCAUGAAUACUGCAUGGCGCGCUAUCCUCCAGGCCAGUGCUGUCCACGUUACUUCUGCAGACCUACUGAGGCACCCACCCUUCCCCCUGAGUGUGCUAGUGUGCUGUGUCUCGCUCCUCCUCCUAAUGUUAAUUGUACGGUCACCACGCCGCCCGGAGAGUGUUGCCCUGUGUUCGACUGCGAAAGCACACCCCGAACGAUGACCACCAGCACCACCACCACCACAUCCAAGACUUCUACUACUCUGGGCAUUACGGAACCAUCACAGGCGCCAAGUUCAUCUCCCGGCAAGGACUGCGUGGAUCACAAAGGGGUCCACAGGGCCGAGGGCGACAUAUGGCUGUCUUCGGAGGAUGGGUGCAGGAAGUCCCAGUGUCACCAAGGCCUGAUCAUUUAUCAUUAUGAGUGUUAACAUGACCAGGAUGGUGUACUCGCAUAGUAGAGAUGGUUCAUUAAGUCUCUACCUCCUACUAUCCUUUAGAUCGUGGGGUCGGUUCGGUGUUCCAAGUUACUGUAUUAAUCAAACAUCUUUGUCAUAUUGUAAGAGGCUUUAGUAUGUACAUAUUUUACGUGCUUGUUACCGUUAGUGUAGCGUGUUCAUUACAAGAUGUGUUUUGUUAAAUGUACAUGAAUUUUAAACACUAUAGAAGUUUUGUUGCUAGUGUUGUUAAAUAUAUAUUUACCAUAA